CCCACCUCAAGAUUGUGAUAACCUCUAAAAAUGUUUGCCCUUGGGAGAAGAACACUGGAAAUUGGUGUUAUCUGCGUCGCCCUGGUUUUGAUUGUGUCCGUGUCGUGCGCCAUGAGUAAAGCGUGUCCCUCUGGUUUUUAUCCCGUGUCGUCGUCAGAAUCUGACCCCGGCGCAAAUAUGCUGGAUGGCAGUGGGAUGGACGGACUCAACAAUAUCAUUCCUGUCGAUAAAGACAGGAAGAAGGAACAGGAAUUAGUACAAGUAUUUCACAAGGACGUCGUGAUAACACCCACGACUUCAUCGACCACAAGCACGGAAGCAACUACGACGAGUUCUUCGUUAUUAAAGGAGCCAUUUUCAGUAGUAAUAUCAACAGCGACUAAUCACUCCGGUCGUUCCAUGGUGCUCAAUUUUACCACAAAAGAGUGUCAAAAUCUCCCCGAAAUAAUGCGAAAUCGAGUAAAUUCCAUCAAUACUAACUCGAAAUGUGUCAUCCUCUGUGAUAACUUAGAUUGUGAGGGAUGGUGCACCCAAUUCGCGCCGGGGACACCGAGUCAUCACCGUUUUCGAAAGUUACGAUUCCACAACAGGGCCGAGUCAGCGAUGCCCUGCGAUGAAGAAUAGUUGCUGCAUGACAUAACUCACCUCACUCAAUGAAUAAUAAUAAUUCUAGAAAUAGGAGCCCCUUGGCGGUUACAAGUCCAAGAAGUGCGCAGCAGAAUUGUACCUGAAGAAGCGUUUUUUAAUUAUCAGUGUUGAUCUCUGUGAUGUCAAAUGUCAAAUGUGUCAGGGUUGAUUUGAUGUGAAUAAGUAGCAGCAGAAGCGGUGAGUCAUCUAAUCUGCAUUCUCUCUGCAUCAUCGUCAACCCUUUUGUUGUUGUUAAUGGACUGACCAAGUUUUGUAAUUCAUAAAAUAAUAUGUAACAAUUUUGCAAUUCUUUUAGUUGAAGGGCUUUUAAACAUUGAUUGUUAAAGUCAAAGUAUUAAUUUAACGCUGUACCGCUUUCUAAUAGUAUUACUUACGUACCUCAAAAGUUCCUACACUGCGAAAUGUUACCGAAAUGUGAAGUUACCAAAUUAAUUUUAAUCAGAUGCUAUUUAGUUUACAUUGUUUGUUCCUGAUGUAAUAUUUAAUUUAAUUGUUGAUGCAUUUAUGCAUGUAGAUACUUACAUUGUUUACUUAUCUAUUAGCUAAUUAUUGUUAUUAUCAAUGCAAAGAGUACCACACGAUGUGUGAUUCAUUAGAAUUGCGAUCAGGUCUCGCAGAUUCAUAGAAAUCUUCAUAUGUAUGUGACUUCAUUGACUUAAUUUAAUUUGUGUAAUAACAAGAUGAUCGAACAAGACGAGUUGUGUAGAAAAAAAACUUGUAUACAGAUCGUAAUUUGUCUGUUGAUCAGACUGGAUUUGAUAUGGAUGGAUGGAUGGGUGGUUGAAUAAAUAAUUAAAUUUUGA